AUGGCUUCAGUAAAGUAUACCCGCAAAGAAUUAAUUUCAUUCUACUCAGACAAACUUCCUCUUCCAGAAGAUUUUAAUAAAAUCAAAGGAAUCUUUUUAAAUGAGCCAAUUAAGCCACAAUUACUCGCAAAUGAAACAUUAAACCUCGAUGGCAGCUCUAAAAGAAAAUUACGUGCUAACGAAGUUGAGCAGCAAAAUGCAAAUAAGAAUGCACCUAAAGCAACUGUAUCAGCUCCUUCUCAAUGGUUUUAUGCAGAUCCAACACAAAAAAUUUACGGUCCUUACAGUGCAGAUCAGAUGAGACACUGGUGGGAAAAGAAGAAUUUCCCACAGGAUCUCAAAGUUUCACUUAGAUCUGAUCCAGAUUCCCUCCGUCCAAUUAGUGAAGUAUUCGGUGCUCCUGAAAAUGCUUUUAUGUUCAAUCCUUCAAUGUUCCCAUAUAUUUUAGCUUCUCCUGUUGAACCAGAUCCAUUGCAGAAACUCGUUUUAGAUUUUGAUGCAUAA